AUGGGCACUUCCUCCUCACACCCAAUUUUUUUUGCUCUCAACGAGCUGCUUCUAACAAAAGACUUAAAGAUAAAGAAAGGAACUUUACAAAGAUUCUUAGAGGAAUGUGAUGUUGUGGCCCCAUGGUUUGCUGUUUCUGGGAGUCUCACAGUGUCCUCCUGGGAAAAAUUGGGACGAGAUUUGGACUUUGCAGCAGAACAGGGGACCCUGAAACCGGGGGUGAGACCAGUUUGGAAAUUAGUACGUGGAUGUUUAGAAAAUGAGCGAUGCAGCAAUGCCUUGGAAAACGGGCAAGCAGCUUUAGAACAUUUGCAAGAGGAGAGAUCUGAGAAGGCGGAGUCUGUAAAAUGCAAGGGCAGUAAAAAGACAAUAGGAAAGGAGACACGACUCUAUCCCUCCCUAUCGGACCUUGAAGACCCUGAGUCUACUGACUCUUCUCUCGGUUCGGAGGAGGUAGAGUCUCUACUUAGAUCAUUACAAAAGGUAAGAAUUAAAAACAAGAUGAGAAAGAAAAACAAAAGAAAACAGGAUUGUGGGCCCAUAAUCCCCCCGCCUCCUCCCCCUUACCCUGAGGCUGCAGCAGCUCCCGGAGCGUUGCUGGUCAGCAGCAGCCUUCACCCACAACUGUGGAGGGAAGUUAGGAGAGAAAUGCAGGUAGCUUGUCCUGUUUUUGUAGAUAAUCAGAAUCAAAGAUAUCAUGAACCUUUGGAUUUUAAACUUGUCAAGUCUAUAGCGGAGUCUGUAAAAAGUUAUGGGGUCACGGCUGCAUUUACACUUACUCAAAUUGAGACUCUGCAAAGACAAUGCAUGACUGCCUCAGAUUGGAUGAAUCUUGCCUGUGCCUGCCUCAGCCAAGGUCAGUAUUUGGACUGGAAAGCUUUCUUUAUCGAAUUUGCUAAUGAGCAGGUGGCGGCCAACCACAACACAGGCCUGCAAUGGGAUGCUGAUAUGUUGCUUGGUCUGGGUAGAUAUGCCAAUCAACAAACUACCUACCCUCCUAAUGUAUAUACUCAAAUUAAUCAAAUAGCCAUCAGAGCCUGGAAAUCUUUGCCUAACAAAGGUAAAGUGAGUGGCAAUUUGACCAAGAUACUCCGAGGUCCCAUGGAGCCCUUUUCAGAUUUUGUGGCUCGCUUGAUAGAGGCUUCUGGUAGAAUUUUUGGGGACACAGAUGCUGCAAUGCCCCUAAUAAAGCAGCUAAUAUAUGAGCAGUGUACAAAGGAGUGCAGGGCCGCUAUCACCCCGUAUAAGACCAGGGGUUUGGAAGCCUGGAUGAAGGCUUGCAGGGAAUUAGGAGGACAACUGACCAAUGCAGGUCUGGCAGCUGCAGUCCUUCAGCUUACCCAGAGAAAAGGAGGCAAUACUCAAGAUGCUUGUUUUAAGUGUGGGAAAAGAGGACAUAUAAGACGCAACUGCCCACUAGGGGCAGGUAGUAGACAGGAACAAGGAAGUAGCCAGUGCCAUGUUCAGCUGGGGCUCUGCCCAAAAUGCAGAAAGGGGAGGCACUGGGCUAAUGAAUGCCGGUCCAUUAAAGAUAUAAAUGGACAACCCAUUGCAGUAGACAGCUUUCCAAAAAACGGCCAGCGGGGCCCAUGCUCCCAGGGCCCUCAAAUAUAUGGGGCAAUGGAGACCCCGAGACAGGAAUCCCCUCCGGAGCAGUGGACCUCCCUUCGCCAUCCCAAGCACCGCGGAGAGCUACUGCGGGCUCAGCAGGACUGGACCUCCGUGCCACCGCCAGACUGGUACUAA